GGAGAAGAAGAAGGUGAAAGAGGUGUGUGUAUAUGUAUACAAAAGGAAAGGCAAGUCGUUGCUGACGAGACGGCAAUAUAUGACAAAACGACAAUCAAAAAGAAAAAAAAAAGUGAGAAAGAAAGAAAGAAAGUGAAAGGUGAAGUGAAAGAGGGAAAAGAAAAAGGAAAAGGAAAAAAAAAUUGGCAGUUAAGCAAGAAUUUUCAUUCAAUGGUCAGCAGCAAUGGAGAGAAGAAACAACCGGAGGUCUGUGCUUGGGGACAGGAGGAGUUUAGUAAUGGACAGUAAAUCUAUGGAUAAAGAAGAUAUUGUGAUGACUGCCAGUCGUCAUGAAGACUGUUCAAUGAUCCGACUUGAGAGGAAAUGUCAGAGUGAGAUAGACAACAGCCAAAUACAUUUCAUUGGCGGUGGACCAUAUAAAGGGAUUCUGGUCAACAAAAUGGCACCCAGUAAGUAUCGAUGCCUUUGGCUUCUUUAUUGCGUUGUUUUUGUCACUGUCAUUGAUAUUAUUGCCGCUGCUAACACCAUUGCAUAA